GCGCGAUUGUUUUGGCUUUGAUUAUAUUGCCCUCUCUGUCGACUGAAAAUUGGGAGCCGUAGUAAAUAGACUCGGGGGCGGCGGCCUCUUACAAUAAAUACAUGUGCAUGGGAAUGCGGCGUAUUAUUGACAUUGACAUGUGGUAAUGUAUUUGAUGAGUAAAUAGUGUAAUUACGAAUGGUGAGUAGAAACAAGGUAGAAAGGCACACGGUGGGGCGGAGCGAGGCAUGCGCAGCGUCGCGCGCGCAGUGGGCCGGCGGAGCGCGCGCGUGCCAGUGCCUCUCGUCCCGCGUCCGCGACCAGCCCGCGACGCGUCUGCUCCCGCGCCCGCGCCCGCGUCUGCGACCGCUCAGCGUCUCACCCGACGGCGGCCUUUCUAUAAAGACUAGCCGGCGCGAACACUCGCACGCAGUCACGACCCAACCACUCACUCGUGCACCCCGCUGACACGCGACAUACAUUACCCCGCGAAACACUUGACUCGCAACUCGCCUCAAGGAAGGAAGUAAUCAUCACCAGAUAAACAUCUCAGCAACAAUGGCAGAAAACGACUGGGGAUACAGCGGCGAGAACGGUCCUUCAACAUGGACGGAGAAGUUCCCAGAAGCACGCGGCGCCCGGCAGAGUCCAGUAGACAUCGACACGUCGAGGAUAAGCAGUGGAGGGAGCGCGCCCGCCCUCAAGUUCAAAUACUCCGUCAAUCAUCCCCGAUCUGUUGUGAACCCCGGCUACUGCUGGAGAGUAGACGAGAAUGGAUAUGAGUCAGAAUUACGAGGCGGCCCUCUUGGCCAUGACGUGUAUAAACUACAGCAGUGGCAUUGCCACUGGGGCGCAGUCAAUGGUGAAGGCUCAGAGCACACCGUGGACGGCCGCUCCUUCUCCGGAGAGCUGCACCUGGUGCACUGGAACACUACAAAGUACAACAGCUUCCAAGAAGCUGCCGGACAGCCUGAUGGACUUGCAGUUCUAGGCGUACUAUUAAUGGUCGGUUCAAAGCAUGACGAACUGGACAAAGUGAUUCGGUUGCUCCCGUUCAUUACGCAUAAGAACGACAAGGUGACCCUGUCUGACCCCCUGGACCCCGUGAAGCUGCUUCCGUCCCAGUACGCGUACUGGACAUACCCUGGUUCCCUCACCACCCCACCCUGCACUGAAUCCGUCACUUGGAUCCUGUUCAAGCAGCCAGUACAAGUGUCCGCUGAUCAAUUGGCAUCGAUGCGGAAACUGAAGUGCGGGGAGGCGUCGUGCGGCACGGAGGCCAUGGAGGUCCUGCACAACUACAGGCCCACGCUGCCGCUCGGCAACCGCGAGCUGCGCGACUAUGGCUCGGGCAACUAACAGCGCCACCACCACACCACGCGGUAUCACGAUACAAUCACACUCAGCGCUGCGACUGCGCAGCUGCUCCUGAAACUAGUGCCUCUAUUCGCAUUCCGGCGAGCUAAUCUAACGGAAGACACGUGGGCUACGUAACUCUUAUGAAUGGUGCCUACGCAAUUUAGUAUGUUCCGUAGGUAUAAUACGAAUCUCGUCAUAGCUAUGUAUGUAGUACCUAGUUGUAGUUCUAAGACAAAAGUAAUCUCAGACUCUAAAUGAAAUGUGCAAAGGCGCCUCUGAGUUCUUUCAUUUUAAAACAAAGACGGAAUAAACAACAUUUUACAAAUUUAGAGAUUCGUUGCGUAGUUCUUCCUAUUUGGAUAUCAAACAUUCAAACACAUUCGCAUUUAUCACGUUAAUCAAGGUAACCAUAUCUAGUACAUAUUAGUUCGAUAUGACUGUGGGAGUUGAGAUGUGUGUGUAUAAGUUUAUAUAACUGUAGCUUACCUAUGCAUGUAGACACGACUAGCUAUCAAGUGCCUCUACACUACACACUAAAAUC